UGGCAGCCGCUGUGUACCCAGGAAACAAGCCGAUGGGCUUAACACGACCACGGCAUCAAUGAGUUGAAGGGAACAGGAACGGCCAUCCAUUGUCUGCCUGUCUAGCUCCAUGGAGAUUCCCUCCGUCCAGUCCCUUUCAACGAACGACAUUCCAGUUGACCAUGGUGUGAUGCCAUUGCGCUGGUAGACCAAGGCGAAACCACCAUUCCUGUUUGUAUACUACCCACUCACAUAAUGUUUUCUUCUUCGAGCUCGGGCAAGAAAGCGUCUCCCCAGCAGGAGAUGGUGCAAGUUGACAGGUCCGACUCUGGCUCCCCUUUUUGGAGAGCGCCCCAGAAGGAUGCCCCGCUAAAGAAGACGACCACUCGCGACUCGGCCAAGGUCGUUGGCGCUGCCUAUUCCCAUGCCGACAUGCUCAAGUUUGAUUCAUUAAAUCUGUCCAACGCCGGAUCGCGACCACGAACCCCUCCUCCCUCGAACUCUGCCCUCGGCCGAACCACUUCCAAUAGUACAGCCUCGCCCCAUAUCAAAGGGGUGACAUCACCUCCUUUCCAGAACUACAUGAACUUUAUAACGAGCACCAACGAAGACUGGGCGGCCGACGACGCAGACGAUGUAUACGCCUACGAAGACGAUGGCGACGAUGACUUUGGGCUUCCCAGUCUGUCCAGCAUGAAGAGGAGGUCGCGCCGCAUAGCAGCGCAGACUGAACAAGGAACCAGCCGAGGAACUGCGACAAACACGCUCACAGACUCAACCGGACGUCGAUACUCGGACAGCGCCGACAUAGCCAUCGAGCGACCAGCAUCAGCCUACCCAAUGCCCAAGAAGACCGAAGGCAAGAUCCUCCGACCACAGUACAGAGACAUACUCCGCGAUCCCGCAAACGCCCUACACCUAAUCAACCACCCUUCCGUACCACCUAAUGCUUCCCAAAAGGAAAUCGAUGCUGUCAACUCGAGGAUAACCAGGAUCAACAAAUUCAAAAAGAUUCUUCAAGCAUCAACCAUCCCUCUAAACGACCUUCGAGCCCUAGCCUGGUCCGGCGUGCCAGAAGAAGUCCGGGCCAUGACGUGGCAGCUUCUACUAAGCUACCUCCCCACCAGCAGUGAAAGGAGGGUGGCCACACUAGAGCGCAAACGAAAAGAAUACCUGGACGGCGUACGACAAGCCUUUGAACGAGCAGGUGGCGCUCCACCACCGUCCACCGGAAAGGGAGGCGGGGGCAACCGCGGCCUAGACGAAGCCAUCUGGCACCAGAUCAGCAUCGACGUCCCUCGAACGAACCCACACAUCGAGCUCUACGGCUACGAAGCAACACAGCGCUCUUUGGAGCGUAUCCUCUACGUAUGGGCGGUCCGACACCCAGCGAGCGGCUACGUACAGGGCAUCAACGAUCUGGUGACGCCCUUCUGGCAAGUUUUUCUGGGCACAUACAUCACAGACCCAGACAUAGAGAGCGGCAUGGACCCGGGCCAGCUACCUAGGGCGGUGCUGGACGCCGUCGAGGCCGACACGUUCUGGUGCCUGACGAAGCUGCUGGACGGCAUACAGGACCACUACAUUGUUGCGCAACCGGGUAUUCAGAGGCAGGUAGCGGCGCUGAGGGACUUGACGCAGAGGAUCGACGCCGGACUGGCGAAGCAUCUGGAGGAGGAAAAUGUCGAGUUUAUCCAAUUCAGCUUCAGAUGGAUGAAUUGUCUGUUGAUGAGGGAGAUUAGUGUCAAGAACACGAUCAGGAUGUGGGAUACUUACAUGGCCGAAGAACAAGGCUUCUCGGAAUUCCACCUCUACGUCUGCGCUGCCUUCCUCGUCAAAUGGUCCGACAAGCUCGUCAAGAUGGACUUCCAAGAGAUCAUGAUGUUUCUGCAAUCCUUGCCGACGCGCGAGUGGACAGAGAAGGACAUUGAGCUCUUGCUCAGCGAGGCCUACAUCUGGCAGAGCUUGUUCAAGGGGUCCUCGGCGCAUCUGAAAGGGCAGCCGAGCAGUAGGGCGAACUCGUUGAACUUUCAGCUUUGAGCCCGAGCCGAGCCCCUUGAGUUUGAGUUUGAGCUAUCAGUGCAGGGGAAAGAUACGAAAGAAAGAAAGAAAGUUCUUCGAUUCGAAGUAAGUGGGUAGGUGGGUGGAUCGGCGCGACACAAGGCAAAGACAUGACAACAAAUAGCUGUCCUGGGGACACGCUCUAUCAACUUGAGUCUUGGCUAAUUGAGCCGGUUCCUUUUGUGUCGUGGCGACGCUCGUUGAACAGAUGUAUAACCACCCACCCCAUAUAAACAGUUGACGAAGAAAAAAUCAUAAUAAUUUACCGAAGAGGAGGAGGAUGCAAGCAGCUUAUAUGGCUGGAUGGGAUGAGAUGAGAUGGGAUGGAUGGACGAAUCAAAGGUCAAAGAGGAAGCAAAACAGAGAUACCAAUUGGCU